AUGUCAUAUAACCGAGGGGGAAGUUACUAUAGUCCACGAUACGGAAAUAAUAAUAAUAGUGUAAGUGGAAGUAGUAAUAGUAAUAAUAGUGGUGGUAAUAGUAAUAAUAAUAAUGGUGGUAGUAACAAUCGACAAGUGAAAUCAGAAACCAAUGGAUCUUUACAAUCCACUGCGACCUCAUCAUCAAGACGAGAUAGAGACCGAGAACGAGAAAGAGAAAGAGACCAUUAUGCCGGAACAGCUGCUAGUUCAUCAACUAAUAGGUAUGAUGGAAGUCUUCAAAGUGGAGGCAAGUAUAGUAAAUAUCUUCCUAAAUCAUCGGGAAGUAAUGGCAGUAAUAAUAAUAAUAAUAAUGGUAAUGAAGUAUCUACAGGGAUUAAUAGUAAUGGACAAUAUACUUCAUCAUUAAAGAGUUCAUCAAGUGGACCAAGUUCUUAUUAUGGUCCUGGAGUACCGAAGAGAAGACCAGGAGUUGAUAGAUAUGAUUCUUAUAGUACUCCAUCUAAUUCUUCAGGUAAAUUAUAUUCAUCUUCAGUAUCUUCAAGUGAAGAUAGAGCUCAUAAUCUUCAUCGGUCUUAUUCAGAAACUUCGGUUCAUAAGGAUAAAGAACGAAACAAAUCAUCAAACUCUAGUCAUUAUCAUUCCAAUCAUAUCCAUCACCCUAAUUAUGGUCAUAACCAUCAUCCUGAAAGAUCUCGAUCAACCAAUCCAACAAUAUCAUCAUCAUUUAGAGAUGAUAGACGUAAAUCAUCUUCCACAACAAAUAUAUCUACCACUACAUUGAAUGAUCGUUAUGAUCGAGAUAGAGAUAGUGACAGAGAUAGACAUAGAGAAAGAGAUAGAGAAAGAGACACAAAACUGAGAUCCUCAUCUACCUCAUCUUCAGCUCGAUCAUCAAGACCAUCAUCGAUAAUAGAUACUUCCUCUAGUAGACGUAAACUUUCUGCACCAGAAGCGAAACCUAUUUCAGUUGGAAAUAGUGAAGAUAAGACCAAUGAACAAGUACAGGUAAAACCACAUCCAAAUGAUAAGGAAACAGAAAGAGAAGCCGAACGUAUCGAAUCACAAGAAAGUAAGACAGACAUAAUCAAAACAUCGUUUGCAGAUUACAAAUCACAGAAGGAGAAAGAUCAUGAAGAUGAACAUGAGGAUCAUGAACAUGAACACGAACAUGAACAUGAACAUGAACACGAACACGAGCAAAAUCAGGAUGAUGAUAAACCAACCGACCCAUCGGAAGAGUUGAAACAAGAUGAUGAAAAGGUCCAUGACAAAGAAAACACUGACGAAACUAACAAUGAUAAUAAACCAGACGUCCAAGAUGAAGAACAUGAAGAUAUUGCAGCCCCUGAUAUAACAACACAAGAUGCAAAAGAUGAAGAACCAAAUGAAGACAAGGAAGAGUCAACGGAAGAAUCCGGACCUUCAUCAUCUUUACCAGAUAGAAAUACUGCAGCCACAUCCAGUUCAGGAGAUAUUUCUACUUUAUCUCCUCUUCGAGAUAUUUCAUCGGAUGAUUUUAAUUUCAAUAAUCUUGCAACCAUCAAGGAGAUUGAAAGUACAAAUACUUCUAAUGUAUUGGCUGAAGUUAAAGAAGAAGAAGAAGAAGAAUUAUCUGAAGCAGAAACUGUCCCAGCCAACAGUCCUCAAAGGGGAAUUAAGGGACGUAAACUUGUAAGAAAGAGUGAGUAUGAUGAAGAACGUCAUAAUAUGAAAAGAAGAGCACUUUACUUAUCUGAUGAAAGUGAAGAUGAAGAAGAUGAAGAAGAUAAUGAAUAUAAAAAUCAAACGAACAAUGAUAUACUGUCUAAUGAUUCUAAACUGAGAUCUAAACCAUAUAAAAUUAAACGAGAUGCUGGAGGUAGAUCAUUUCUACAACGAGCUUGUAAGAAAGGAAAUUUACAAGAAGUUAAAGAUUAUAUAGCUCGUGGAGCUAGUGCUAAUGAAAAGGAUUUUUGUGGAUUUACAUGUUUACAUGAAGCAGCUUUAGAAGGUCAUACUGAAAUAGUUAAUUUUUUAAUUGAACAUGGAGCUAAUGUCAAUGCUCAAGCUGAUGCUGCCGGAGAUUCUGAAACACCAUUAAUUGAUGCAUCUGAAAAUAAACAUUAUGAAACAGUUAAAGUUUUAUUAGAUAAUGGAGCUGAUCCAACCAUAUAUAAUAUUGAUGGAUUUACUGCUUUAACUAAAAUUUAUAAUGAACAUGCUGGUGAAGAAGGAUAUCUGGAUAUUAUUAAAAUUUUAGAAGAAGCUAAUGCUAAAUUUACUCAAUCUCAUAAAACUCAAACUACAAGAGCCAUAUCUCCAGCUCCAAGAACUAUAAUUGAAGAUCCUAAUGAUACAUAUUUUGCUGAUCUUAUAAAACGUAAAGGUAUUUUUAAAUAUGCUGCUGAAGGUUCAAAAGAAGUUACUGCUAAUUAUUUUGUUUCUGGUAAUAGUCUUAAUUCUAAACCAGAUAUUUUAAUUUUAGCAGCUAGAAAUGGUCAUGCUGAAUUAGUUGAUAUUAUUCUUGGAUUAAAUCCAACUCCUUAUGAUAUCGAUACUGAAAAUGAUGUAGGAGUUAGUGCAUUAUUAGCAUCUGUUGGAAGAGGUCAUUAUGAAAUAGUAGAAUCUUUAUUAUCUAAAGAUGCUGAUCCGUUUAAGAAAAGAAAACAAGAUAAUUUAAAUGCUUUAGGAAUUUCAGAAUCUUCUGUCCAUUAUGAUCCUAAAGAAAUUAAUAUCAUUAAAGAAUAUAUGAAUAAACGUAUAUCAUCAAGAAGUGGUGAUGUUUCAACUGCUACAUCCGUUGUACCAUCAGCUGCAGUUUCAGAAGCUGAAGAUGAUGCUCCUACUUUAUCCGAUAGGGAAUCAACUAAAUUAAUUAAAUCAAAAUCUAAUGAUGAAAGAAAGAGAAAGAAUGAUGAAAUGAUUAUGAAACCAUUAAAGAAAAUUAAAUCUGAAGUUAAAAUUAAACAUCAACCAAGUAAUGUUUUCAAAAAGGAAAAUGUCGAAGAUACUGUAGUUCAUCCAGAACCCAUUAAACGUGAUCAAUCUAUGUCUCCACCGCCAUCCAGAGUUAAACAAGCCAGAAGUACUACAGUUUCUCCUUCACCUAGUCCUGCUCCUCUUACAAAAGCUCAAGAAGAAUUGAAAGCAAAGAAUGAACUUGAAGCUAAAAUAUGGCAACAAAAAGUCGAGGCUAAGAAACGAGCUAGACGAGAUAUGUUCUUAAAAUCAGAAAAGGAAAAGGAAAGAAGAAGAAAAGAAGAAGAAAUUAAGCGUAUAGAAGAAGAAUCUAAAUUGGCAGCCCAAAAGGAACAAGAAAGAAUUAAACUUGCUAAAGAGGCUGAAACUAAAUCUAAAGAAUUACAUGAAGAGAAAUUGAAAUUAAAGAAACAAUUGAUAUUGGAUAGUUUCCCAAUUGGAUUGAGAUAUGCUAAAAUUAAUGUUCAAUUAUCUAUUACAGAUAUUGAAAGAUAUUGUCCACUUUAUAUAUUCAAUAUUGAUGGUAUUAAUUAUAUUACAUCACUACAAUUAACUCUUGUUACUGGAGCUCCUUGGAAUAAUAUUAUACAAUCAUUUAAGGAUACUCCAGUAUGUACUAUUACUCAAAAGGGUAAAUUGUGGAAUUUUUUCUAUCAACUUAUAGGAAUAGAUCCAUCAGUAUCAAUUAAAGAUCAUCGUAUUCAACGAGAAUCAAGCUAUGAAUUAUUUAAAAACUUAUUAAUUACAUUCAUUAAGUUAGAAGAUGCCAUUGAAUUUGUUCAAGAACAUUAUCCAGUUACUAAUGAGUAUCUCUUUAAGAAUCUCAAUACAAGAUCAACCGUCAUAAUUCUUGAUCUGAUCACCCCCUUUAAUGAGAACAAAGAACAUAUUUAUCAACCGGAAGUUCAUCAUUUACAUGAAGAUAUCAAAACCUUUAUCCCUCCCAGAUUGCAACGACAGGAUAUUAAAAAGAAUAUACAAAACUGCAAAGGGAUCUUCUGGUAA